UACUCCUCCCAUCAUCCCACCCACCCUUUAUGUGUGUGCCGACGGGAGGAGGGACGACGCAGCCCCCGCGCCCCGAGAGGAGCAACGGGCUCUCUUCCUUGGGCUCUGCUCGUGAUUUCGGCCUGUUAGGGCGGAUCUCCGGGAGGGAUCGGGGGAGUUUUGCGGGAGUGAAUUCUGGGCGCUGGUUCCGGUUUGGGGUGAAUCGAGGGUGUCCCCGAUGCGAAUCUGAGUUUUUCUCUUGGACACUUUAGAGUUUAGAGGAAGCACAAUGGAUCUGACUUUGAGGAAUUCAGUUCCAAUCCGUUCUUUAAAUACUGAUUCAGUGAACACACUGGAGAAGGUUGAUAAUGCUCCUGAAAUUCCUUCUGGUUCCGAUGUUCUUUAUGGAUCAAAUGACGUUGGCCUUUUCUCUAGCUCAUUGCCGGUCCUUCGUCAUGAGAAAUUAAACUUUUCGGAUACACUCGGUGGUGUUCACUCAACUGUUGAUGCAUCUUCUAAAUUGAAAAAGCUAAGCAAAGAUGUGGAGGGUAAGGUUCGUGUGGAUGAUUUCAAACUCCAAGGAAUGGGGCUUUUGUUACCUGAUGAUGAAGAAGCACUUUUGUCUGGCAUUAUGGAUGAUUUUGACCUUAGUGGGUUGCCUGGUAAAGUUGAUGAGUUGGAGGAUUAUGAUCUUUUUGGCAAUUUAGGGGGUAUGGAAUUGGAUUCUGAUCCUACAGAGAGUAUUACAGUUGGUAUGGCAAAGGCGAGCAUGUCUGAUGGCUUUUUAGGCAAUGGGAUUGGUCAGUACAGUCUUCCGAAUAGUGUUGGGGCAGUUUCAGGAGAGCACCCAUAUGGAGAGCAUCCUUCGAGAACUUUGUUUGUGAGGAACAUUAAUAGUAAUGUGGAAGACUCUGAAUUGCAGUUACUCUUUGAGCAAUAUGGGGAAAUCCGCAGUCUUUAUACUGCAUGCAAACACAGGGGAUUUGUGAUGAUAUCUUACUAUGAUAUUCGAUCUGCUCGAACUGCCAUGCGUGCCUUACAGAACAAGCCCUUAAGACGCAGAAAGCUUGACAUCCAUUUUUCAAUUCCAAAGGAUAACCCCUCAGACAAGGAUAUGAACCAAGGAACUCUUGUGAUUUUUAAUUUGGAUCCUUCGGUUUCUAAUGAUGACCUUAGGCAAAUAUUUGGUGCAUAUGGAGAAGUUAAAGAGAUAAGGGAAACUCCUCACAAGCAACACCACAAAUUUAUUGAGUUCUUUGAUGUCAGAGCAGCAGAAGCUGCCCUUCGGUCUUUGAACAAAAGUGAUAUAGCUGGGAAGCGAAUAAAGUUAGAACCUAGCCGCCCUGGUGGAGCUCGGAGGAACUUGAUGCAACAUCUGACUCAUGAAUUGGAGCAAGAUGAAACAAGAGUUUAUCUGCAUCAUGGAGGCUCACCUAUUAACAAUUCACCUCCAGGUCCAUGGGCUCACUUCAGUAGUCCAAAUGAUAACAUCCCACUACAAGUUUUUAGCCAGUCCCAGAAUGGGUUAGCAAUGAGCCCUAUCGUAAAUGACCAUUUGCCUGGAUUAGGUUCUGUAUUUCCUCCGAUGUUGUCAACUUCUGUCAAGAUUGCACCAAUCGGCAAGGACCAAACUAGGUUGAAUCAUGCUGACCAUAUAAUCUCUAGAAGCAGUCUUUUACAUGGAGGUGGGUAUCAUUCUCAUUCCUUCCCAGAUCAUAGUUGUGGAGUGAUGACGUCGGCUUCAGGAAACUUAGCUUCUUUUGGUUCUUCAACUCCAAAUUCAUCUGGUGUUGGAACUCUGACUGGCCCACAGUUCCUCUGGGGUAAAUUGACUUCUUACCCGGAGAAUACACAGUCGUCUGUAUGGCAACCUCUACCUACAGGAAGUUCAUUCAUGUCAAAUGGUCAAGGACAAGGUCAAAGCUUUCUCUAUUCAAGCAGUCAUGGCUCAUUCCUUAGGUCAUCACACAAUCAGAAUCCCCAUCAUGUCGGAUCAGCUCCAUCUGUUGUUCCUUUUCAGAGGCAGUAUGGGUAUUUUCCCGAGUCAGCGGAGCCAUCCUUCAUGAACCAGUUUGCACUUGGUAAUAUUGGGUUUAACCGAAAAGGUGGGACUGGACUUAUGAAUAUGACUCCUCACCCCACACUGAACCAAGGCAUCAUAUCAGGAAGCAUGUCAGAUAAUAAUUCACCCAAUGUGAGAAUGAUGUCUGCUCACAGAUCUGGGCCUACUCUCUUUGGCAAUGCUCCAUAUCCUGCACUAAGUUCCAUAGGCAUUGAUGGUCUAGUUGAUUGGCACCGCAGUCGACGAGUUGACAACCACGGGAGUCAAGCAGACAAGCAGCAGUAUCAGCUUGAUUUGGACAAAAUUAUCAAGGGGGAAGACACUCGAACAACAAUAAUGAUAAAAAAUAUUCCAAAUAAGUACACCUCGAAGAUGCUUUUGGCUGCAAUAGAUGAAACUCACAGUGGCACUUAUGAUUUUCUGUACUUGCCAAUUGAUUUUAAGAAUAAAUGCAAUGUGGGUUAUGCAUUUAUAAACAUGUCGUCUCCUUCACACGUGGUCUCAUUUUACAAGGCAUUUAACGGAAAGAAAUGGGAGAAGUUUAACAGUGAGAAGGUUGCUUCUCUGGCAUAUGCACGAAUCCAGGGUAGAUCAGCACUUGUUGCCCACUUCCAAAACUCAAGCUUGAUGAAUGAAGAUAAGAGAUGCCGACCUAUUCUUUUUGAUCCUGAGGGAGCAGAUACUGGCAAUGAGGAACUCUUUCCAUCAAGUAGUCUGCACAUACAACAAGAAGAUGGGGCUGUUUCGGUGGGGGUCUCGCCUGAAAGUCCACAAGGAAGCAGUCCAAGUGGGAAGUCCGAGAAAAGCACCUUACCUGGAACUGUGUUGAAAGAAUAGCAUUCUUCCACAGCAGCCAUUUAUCUGUGAAUACUAAUUUAUGCAUAGGUAUUUAAGUGUAAGAUAUGGUGAGGGAGAAAUUGCAGGUGCAUCCACUUUUGAAGCCAUGGAUGCACCAAAGCAUCAUAUUGCAAUUGAAGGAAACAGAGGCUUAAACCCUGUUUCUUGUAAAUGAUGUAAAGAAAUAAUGUUGAAGUGUACAGGCAAGAUCAAGGUCAAUCUGCUGGUAGGCGAAUUGCUAACAAGUUGUACAUGUCUUUGAUCUUCUUUGUUUUUUUCUGUCUAUUUCCCGGACUAAGUCCAGUUGUCCAUGUGUUUGUGAAUUUCUUGAACUGUACAUAAGAGAUUAAAAUAUCCUUGCCACGACAAUUAAUUCAUGUUUGUGUGCA